AUGAGCUGCAAGAGUGCUAUGGUUCUUGUUGUCCUGAUGAUGGUAAUGAUGUUGAUGGCGAUUGGAUUGUUGGCCAAGAGUGUACAAAUAGAUAGUGAAGAUUAUGUUGUACCACCAGUGCCUUUACAAAAGGCUCCGUAUGCAGAGUGGGCUCAUCAUCAUUGGGUGUGGAUUGAUCACGGUAGAGAAAAUCAACAAACAUUGAUGAAUCUUGUAAAUAGUUAUCUUUCUUAUGAUAUUCCAGUUGGAGCUAUUGAUAUUGACUCUGAAUGGAGUACUGGCAUUAACAACUUUAUUAUUGACAAGAACAAAUUCCCAAACAUGUAUCAAUUUGUGAAAACACUUCACUCUAUGAAUAUCAGAGUUAUUUGUUGGGUGACUAGUGUUGUUAAUGUGGAUUCAUCAAAUUACAACGAAGGAAAAGAGAAAGGAUAUUAUUUGAAUUCUGGAUCCACUGUUAAAUGGUGGCAUGGACACGGAAGUUUUAUUGAUUAUUCCAAUCCUGAUGCAUUGAAUUGGUGGCAUAAUCAAUUGAAUAAUUUAUUAAUUUUGAAUGAAACUGACAAGUCUGUUGGUAUUGAUGGAUGGAAAUGUGAUGGAACUGAUCCAUAUGUCUUUGAAUUUAUUUACAUUCAUGGCCAUAAAGGACAUAUUUCAGAACGUGAAUAUGCUAACAUGUAUUAUAGAGAUUUCUUCUAUUAUACUAGACAAAUUAGAGGAGAUGAUGCUUUAAUUAUGGCUCGUCCAGUUGACUCGUUCUUAGGAUAUGUGUACCUUGAUUUUGCUCCAAGAGAUGUUGUUUUCAGUGGUUGGGUUGGUGAUCAAGAUCCAACAUUUGAGGGUUUGCAAAAUGCCAUUAAGAACAUGUUCCACUCAGCUUGGAAUAAGUAUGUUUCCUUUGGUACUGAUAUUGCUGGUUAUCGUGGAGGUGGAAAGAGAGAUCUUUCUUUAUACAUUAGAUGGUUCCAAAUGGGAACAUUCAAUGGAUUGAUGGAAAAUGGUGGUAAUGGUGUUCAUGAACCAUGGGGAUAUGAUACUCCUAGUUUGAAUGUCACAAAUAUUUACAGAAGAUACGUUCAUAUUCACUAUGAAUUGAAUCCUUACUUGUACUCUGCUGGUAUUAAUGCUUAUGCCAACGACAAGAGUAUCAUGACACCACAAUGUUCUUACACCAUGUUCACACCUGAAUUUUGGACCUACACCCUUGGAGACAAUAUUCUCGUUACUCCAAUGGUUGAUUCUUCUUCUAAUGUUGUGGUGUUCUUCCCUAAGGGUAAAUGGGUUGACUAUUUCAAUCAUGAUCGUAUUAUUGAAGGAGGUCAAACUAUGACUCUCAAUUACACUUCAUAUGAUCAAUUCCCAGUUUUCUAUAAGGCAGGAAGCAUCUUGCCAUUCAAUAUUACCUCAGAUCAUGUCAAUUUGUUUGGUAAUUCCAGAACUAACAGAGGUUAUUUGACUAUUGCAAUUCACUAUCCACAUGAUAAUACUGAACAAGUUCAAGAUAUUGAAUCACAUGGAAUCCAAGUUAGAUAUAUUAAGAAUACUGCUGACAAUACUCUUUCUGUUUCAAUUUCUGCUCCAAACUCUUUCAGAAAAGAUUUCAAGAAUUUGAAAUUCUUGCUGGAUAUUCGUGGAAUGGUUCCUUCAUCACCAUCAGGAUAUAAGAUUUCUCAAUAUUCAUUCUACGAAAAGGAGUAUGUCAACUUGCAAAGGGUUGAUAAUGUUGAAUCAUUCAAUCGUAACAUUCCAUCAUUUGGUUCCUAUGUUCACAUGCCAAUCUCCAAGUAUUCUGUUUUCAAUUCAAAGAAUCAAAUUGUUGAUUCUCAAAAGCACCAACCAGUCUUGAUUAAAUUGCAUGAUAUCAUCAGAGGCGUCAAAUUGGUCAUUCAAUAA